CUUUCUAGUUGUGUUGUUUGUGCCAAGUGGCUUUUCCCUAAACCGCGCUGACCAUGGCCGGCAUGAUGGGUCGCGGUUCCAUGGUCCAGGCGAAUCCUAGAACCAUGGCCACAGAAUGAAACGCUUCGAUCCCUUAUUGAUGGUGAUGAGGCGGGAGCAACUCCUCGAAGGAGCACAGCGUCUGCUCGCACGAGCCGCACCAGUCGCACAAGCCGCACGAGCCGAGCCAGCCGAGCUAGCCAAGCCAGCCAAGCAUCGAGGCAGAGCCAGGCAAGUCAAAGUAGCUCCAGGAAUUCAGGACCGGUCAACACUUUGGUCCACGCCUCUCCAGGCCUGGAAUUUGCCAGAGGAUGAAGUGAAUCCCAGGGAGUUCAGACGGGUCAAGAAGUACCUGGCAUUCUGUCUCCUUGGCACCAUGAUCGGCUUUGCCAUUGGCGGUGCUGGAUUUAGUCUCCCAACGCCUGCGAAAGAAGCGAUGAUGGCGGGCGGCUUUGCCAUCAUCCCGAUGAUGAUCUGGUCGUGCUUCUGCAAGAUGCUGCCGGUGAUCUCACCACGGGCCUACCCGGCAGAGUAUCGAAUUUGGGCACGAGCUCUCUACAAGAAUCUUGAUGAGUCAGUGAGGUUCUCCUCCGUGAAGGUGGUCCGAAUAAAAGGCGAACGGCCCAUCGUCAAGUGCUUGGGCGAUGUGCAAGAUAUCCACAAGGGCUUGGCCGUGCUGCGGAUUGGCAAAAACUGCAGUUGCUGUCUGAAGGAAUACGAACCUGAGGAUGACGUCGCCGUGAUUCUUUGUGGACAUUUGUACUGUGAACAAUGCCUGGCAGAAUGGGUAUGCUCUGGCAAAAAAGCAGGGUCCAUGUGCCCAAUCUGUCGAUUUGAUUUCACCUUGGAGAGCAUCGACCCAUCAAAGAUCGACUCCUGAAGCGUCCAGGAGGGCGAGCUGGCGAGCUGGGGCACAGCUUGUGGCGAGCUGGGGAGCCAAUCCGCUGUGACUCCGUCGGGAUGCCUCUCUGGUGAUGUUUUUUCGCGAUGCCAUCAGUGGAAGAAGUGAAAAGUGAAUUCAGGUGACCGGUGAUUGCAUGGUCCGCAACGCAUCUCUUCACUGUAUACUUGUUGCUUUUCACCACUACGGGUCCUUCCAAACUGAUGCUGAACGCUGAACAUG